ACAGGAUUCCAGGAUCAAGGGGUGGGGCUGGGGUGCAGCGCCUGGGCGGAGAGCAGCAGUGGAGCUGCUGGGGGAGACCCGGGCGGACCCGGCCCUGGCCUGGGGAGCUCCGGCUCAGCUGAAGGGCGUGUAGGUAUCCACCAGGUAAAGGGGAAGGGGCCAGUCGCGGGAAGGCGUGCGGGCCAGGGGAGCAGCAGGGGCAGAGGCCCAGGGGCUGGAGCGGGAGGGGAGAGGGGGGCCCACGUCCACGGGGACCUGGCCGGUGGCCUGUGACCUCGGGAGACGCACCUUAGCGUCAGCUCUGGAUGCCGGUGGACGGGAGCUGUGGGGGUGGGGGGAGAAGGGAGAAAAUUGUUUUCAGGUAGUAUCUACUACUAGUAACUCAUGUAGUCGUUACAUUAAAAGAAAACUUAAUGAGGUAGAAUUCAUAUAACAAACUGGCCCCAUUUAAAGGGUACAGUUUGAUAAGUUCUGACUACGUAUACACCCAUGAAACCGUGGCCACAGUGAAGAGGACAAACGUCUCCAUCACUCCCAAAGCUCCCUUGUGCCCUUUGUACCUCACCCACCCCUCCCUGCCCCCAUCCAACCUCAAGCAUCACUGACUUUUCUGGCUCUGUGGAUUAGUUGGCAUUUUCUAGGUUUCUGUGAAUGGAGCCAUAUAAUAUGGUUUUUCUUUUUUUUUUGGUCAUCUUCUUUAACUUGGCAUAAUUAUUUUGAGAUUUACCCAUGUUUCUGGGUGUGUCUAUAGCUUUUUCUUUUUACUGCAGAGUAGUAUCCUGUUGUAUUCUUCAGCUCUAAGGGAGUCUUGAAAAUCCAAAACCCACAGCCGCGAUGACAGCCAGCAGCCACCGCAGGGGGCAGAGAGGAGCUGGAGCUCCUUCAGAGCCCCUUUCCCAGAGAACGGUUAUCAUCUGGCCUACCUGGGGGUUCCCUGGAAGACCCUGCUCGCAAAGCUGUCUGUAUCUGACCCAACUCAGAGCCCAGCCAGUGCAAAAACUUCUUCCCCGAGGGUACUUGUCGAGAAUAUCUGGAUGGAAUUGUCCAAUUUCACAGCUGUCUGAGAAGCCGGAUGACAGUGGGGCAGACAAAGGCCAACCGAAAGGCUUACGGGGAAAAACUGGGCCAUGACAAGGCAUAGGUGCUUUGAAAGGCUCCCGGGAGCCUGGAAGGCCAGGCACAGUCUAGGGCUGUGUGCACACCCAGAAGAGACCUGAGGGGGCCCUGAGCCCUCGCCUCGGGCUGAGCUGGAGGGCUAAGGCAGAGUUGUGAGCAGCGGGACUGAGCGGGGACGCUGCACCCCAGCAUCCACACUGAGCCCCUCCGCAAAGACUAGGCGAUUCACUGGUUCCAGCCGUUUCAGGAAAUCUCUGACCGUCGGUCAACCACUAAACUAAGUGAGCAGAGAUUUCAGUGUCCAUGCUCAACGUGCAAUGCAGGCGCUACAGAAUUAGUUCAGAAACGUCACCGAACUGACAAACAACAACAAACCCUGGGAAAGCAGGAGAGUCUGAUUUCCAGAGUAGCUGUGCUGCCUUAUCUAAAAUGUUCAGUUUCAACAAAACAAAUUACAAGACGUGAGAAGAAAUAAGACAGUAUGACUCAUAAAGAGGCAAAAGACCCAACCAAUAGAAACUGUCCCUGAGGAAUCCCAGAUAUUGGACUUAUUGGACAGAGGUGUUCAAUCAGUUAUUUUAAAUGUGUUCACAGACCUACAGGAAACCAUGUCUAAAGAACGAAAAGCAAGAGGAUGACGCCUCACUGGACGGCAGCCCUCGUGCUGUGGGCUCGCUCAGGGUCACCCACACUGCCCCCCAACCUGCGCCCUCUGAGGGCUGCCCGGAGAUGGCUGCCCUUGGAAAUCUGGGCUGGGGGGCACCAGACACCCCUCAAGGCCCCCAUCCAACCCAGAGGGAGUGGGAAGGGAAGUAGCAGGCCAGCCAGCCUCCGAGGAAGCAGCUGGUUCAGCCUGAGGGGGCAUCCUGCCUGUUUCUACUGAGCUGGGCACACCAGGCUUGGAGGACAGACUCCACGUGAAUAAAAAUGGGAAAUGGGAGUCAGCUAUUGGGAGCAGGGUGGACACUGAAGGGGACAUGGCUGUCUUCAGACACCGGCGCCAUGCGGCUCUGGGGAGGGCUGAGGGAUGGCCGGCUCUGUCUGCUGCUGUGUGAUGUGGGACGGGCCGCCGAGCCUCUCUGAGCCUGUUUGUUUCUCUGUGAAGUGGAUCAUGAACCCCUCUCCUCCCACCUCACGGCGUUGCCUUGAGAAUCAAAGGCAGACCGACUGUAAGGGCGGAUUCCUCCUCUCUCUUGGCUUCUCCCCCAGGACCCUCCUGGAGAGGAGCUACUGUCCCUGGGGCACCUUCUCUUUCUGGAACCACACCCCUCAGCCUGCGUGGCCUGCAGGAUGUUUGCCUGCUCUUAUCACAGCCCGCAUGCAAACAGACGUGGGGAGCUCCAUGUGGGCACCUGGUAACUGGGCCAUCUGUGCCGGCUGCCAGGCUCACCUCGGGCUCCAUCUGCGGCCACGGGGCAAGGAGGCCACGGCCUCCACGUGGUCCAGCAGGACGUGGACAUGGGAGGGUGAGGCCGGGGGACAAUCUGGCUUGCUGCAAGUCCGGGAACCGCAGCAGAGAGAGCUGACUGGCCUCAGGUCCCAGGAGGCCGAGAGGGCUGUGUCCACCUGGACCACCCUUCCUGCACGGCUGAGCCCAAGAUCUGGGCGCACAGGCCACCUUGGGAUAGGGUCACCCCAACACUGCCCAGGGAUGGGGAGCCAGGACAGGCGGUCCGCGCACGCCCAAAGGGUCACUCUUCAGCCUUGGCUUUGGGUGUGCAGCCAGGAGGGGAGGGCGGGCUGGGUUCUGGCCGGCUGCGCGUUCUCGGGCACCUCAGGCCUGAAGGAGAGCAGGUCUGUGCAUUUGUGCGGGAAAAACAUUUCUUUAUUAGGACUUUAUUUUUUUAGAACAGUUUUAGGUUUACAGCAAAAUCGGAAGUGCAGAGAUAUUCCAUGUAUUACCCCCCUGCCUUCACACAUGCACAGCCUCCCUCCCCCAUUAUCAACAUCCCUCGCCAGAGUGGGACGUUCGUCACAGUUGAUGAGCCUGUGCUACAUCAUCAUCACCCAAAGCCCACAGUCUGUAUUAGGGUUCACUCUUGGUGUUGCACGUUCUGUGGGCUUGGACACCAUAUAAUAAUAUGUCGACGUGUAUCCAUCAUUAUUGUAUCAUACAGAAUGUUUUCACCAUCCUAAACAUCCUCCGUGUUCUGUUUAUUCGCCCCUCCCCCAUAAACCCUGGCAAACACUGAUAUUUUUACUGUUCCCUAUUGUUUUGUUCUUUCCAGAAUGUCAUAUAGGUGAAAUCAUGCAGUACGUAGCCUUUUCAGAUUGACAUCUUUCGCUUAGUGAUAUGCAUUUAAGUUCCCUCCGUGUCUUUUCGUGGCUUGGGAGCUCAUUUCUUUUUAGCUCUGAAUAACACUCUGUUGUCUGGAUGCAUCACAGGUGAUUUAUCCACUCACCUACUGAAGGACCUCUGGGUUGCUCCAAGCUUCCAAGUUUGGGCAAUAAUGAAUUAAGCCGCUAUAAACAUCCAUGUGCAGGUUUUUGUGUGGAUACAAAUUUUCAACUCCUUCGGGUAAAUACCAAGGAGCGUGAUUCUUGGAUCAUAUAUGUGGUAAGAAUAUGGUUUUGUGAGAAAAUGCCAACCUGUCUUCCAAAGCGGCUGCACCAUCCUGCAUCCCCACCAGCAACGUCUGGGCGUUCCUGUCGCUCCACAUCGUCGCCAGCAUCUGGUGCCGUCAGUGUUCUAGAUUUGGGCCAUUCCAAUAGGUGUGUGGCGGUAUUUCUUGGUUGUUUUAAUUUGCAUUUCCCUGAUGACCGAUGAUGUGGAGCAUCUUUUCAUAUGCGUAUUUGCCACCUGUAUAUCUUCUUUGGUGAAAUGUCUGUUAAGGUCUUUGGCUUCUUUUUUUAAUUGGGUCGUUUGUUUUCUUAUUAUUGAGUUUCUAAAAUUCUUUGGAAACUGUAUUUUGGAUAACAGUCCUUUAUCAGAUGUGUUCUUUGCAAAUAUUUUCUCGCAGCCUGUGGCUUGUCUUCUCAUUCUCGUGACAUUGUCUUUUGCAGAGCCAAAGUUUGUAACUUCAAUGAAGUCUAGCUUAUCAAUUAUUUCUCUAAUGGAGCAUACCUAGAAAUUCAUCAUCAUACUCAAGGUCAUCUAGGUUUUCUCCUGUGUUAUCUUCUAGGAAUGUUAUAGUUUUGUAUAAUAUUUUACAUUUAGGCCUCUGAUCCAUUUUUGUGGUGUGUGUGUGUGUUUUUGUUUUUUUUUUUGCGGUAUGCGUGCCUCUCACUGCUGUGGCCUCUCGUUGCGGAGCACAGGCUCCGGACGCGCAGGCUCAGCGGCCAUGGCUCAUGGGCCCAGCCGCUCGGCAGCACGUGCGAUCUUCCCGGACCAGGGCACGAACCCGCGUCCCCUGCAUCGGCAGGCGGACUCUCAACCACUGCGCCACCAGGGAAGCCCCUGUGGUCCAUUUUUAACUAAUUUUUGUGAAGGCUUUAAGUCUGUGUCUAGAUCAUUUUGGGGGAGAGCUUCUGUACCCAUUCUAGGGGGUAAAAUGUGAACUACUCUUGGCACUUUGCUGCCCUCCUUUAAGGUGGCCAGGCACAGCAGUCUGCGUGAUAAACAGCCUGGUGAGUUUUAAGCUUUUGGGACCAGAAGGGAUCAUGCCUCACCCCUGAAGAGGGCUGUUUACAGGGAGAGGCCUCGCCUCCGGCCUAGAUAGCCGGCCACCUGGAACCCUCAAGCAUUUUCUCUUCCCAUCAUUCCUCUGCGGGGCCAUGCAACGAAUGGAGAGGUGACCAGGUGUGACUGUGUAACUUGCUGUCCGGCCUCAGAGUCUCCUGAUGCCAGGGGCUGCUGUGAACUCGUGUGAGCAGGCUUUGGACUUAAUUUUCUAUAAAGAGAAAGAGGAGACCACGCACAGAAAGGAGUAGAGGCCAGAAGGAAAACUCCACCCAGAUCGUUGAAAUCAUCUUCCUUCAAGUACACAAUGAAACCUGAACACACAUGCGUGCUGGUUGGAAACAUUUUCGGGAAAGUCCAAUUUUCUUCCCUAAUCUCUGCAAGAAAACCCACCCACCCACCAGAGGCAUUACCCUCCUAAAAGCCUGCCUAGCCUUCCUCAGCAUUUUAUCCCUGAAAGAGAGUAUGGCAGAAAUCCUCAAGGAGAGUAAAAUUGAGGACGGAGCCUCCAAAGAGGAAAGAAAUUAAGCUGCUGGUGACAUCAAGGUCCAGGACCAGGCUGGGCCACCUUUCAGCUUGGAAAGCAACACAUUUCCUUUAUUGUUUAACCAGCUUGGAGAGUUUCUGAUAUUUGCAACCCAAACUUUCUAGCUGAUAUACCCAUCACGAAAGCCAAAGUAAUUUAGAAGGUUUUCUUUAACGUUGAAUGUCCGAGACAGAGAGAGAAAAGGGCAAUUAUGUCAUCGGUUACCUUGAAAAGAGCAUUUGCAGUGGACACAGCAUGUGACAGUGGCAAGAAACGGAGGCUUGGGGUCGGACGUACCGCUGUCUCUCCCUAGCAGUGUGAUGUCCUGAGCCUCCUCUGUGAAAUGGGGCGCCAUCCCCCCUCACUGGUCCUGUGAGGAUUAAAGGAGAUCAUCAAGCACCCAGCACAGAGCUCCACAGGCGGUGUGGCAGGGACAGAAGUCGGGCUGCCCCGGGCUGAGUGCGUAAGAAGUGAGGAAGCGGGACAACAAACAGAUUACUCCUUCGAGGAAGUAAACACCCAGUUCACAGAACAAACAGCCGCUGAACACGAAGUUACGCUCACCUGCACUCAAGAGGCGCACAAAUUAAAACAGUGAGAUGCUGAGAAAACAGACUCACGCUCAGUGGGCAGGAAUGUAAUCGGUUUACUCUGGGUGACAGUUUUACAGUCUCUACGGAAUGUUUACAGACCAUAGCCUCUGACUCAGUAUUCUUCUGCUAAGAACUCAUCCUGCAAUUCUACCUCACAAGUAUGUAAGGACAGACCUGCCCGCAGGUUCUUCUGCAGCAAUGUUUGUAAUGGCAAAAUCUUGGCCUAAAUGUCCAUCAGCGGGUACUGAUUAGAUGAUGGUUAUUUAUAUAAUGGAACACAAAGCAGUCAUUAAAAAGAACUCACGUCUAAAGAACAGUGAUAGUGUUUUUGUGAAAACGUCUGCAAAAAAAUAGUACGACCCUACCUGC